UUAAAAAUAUCUGUUUAAAAAUAUCAGCUAUUCACUCGUAGCAUUUUAUAUGAGACUGUUCAGCACUGUUGUUUGUGAAAUAAGAAAGCAAACAUAUUAUUCGACUGGACAAUCCAUAAAGAAAUGAAGCAAUUUAUUAAUUUACUUACUUAGAAGCAGAAGACGAAAUCCAGAUCGACAUGACACCAUUUAGUGCACUACGUUAGUCCUUGAAAAAUGCCAAUUUCUGAUAUCAGGAAUUCUACUGUAACUAGUUCUAAUUCAAUUGCACAAUUGAAUUCUGGCUGGUUGCAAUUGAAUUCCUGAUAUUUGAAUGUGGCAUUCGAACUAAUUCCAACUCCUAUUGAAAUGAAGGAGAAAAAUGUUUUGAAUCUUACUAGCUAAGAUUGAAUUUUCGAUAUCAAGACUUGGCAUUAUAGAAGGUUACAACUGAAUUUCUGAUAUCAAGACUCUACAUUCUAACCAGUUACAAUUGAAUUUAUGAUAUUAAGACUCUGCAUUCUAACUAGUUACAACUGAAUUUAUGAUAUUAAGACUCUGCAUUCUAACUAGUUACAACUUAAUUUAUGAUAUUAAGACUUUGCAUUCUAACUAGUUACAAUUGAAUUUAUGAUAUUAAGACUCUGCAUUCUAACUAGUUACAAUUGAAUUUAUGAUUUCCUCUAGCAAUAGAUUAAAGCUAAAACAGCUUCCCAUAUGAAUGCAUUUCCUGCCUGUGUGACCUCAGUGCUGUUUAUAAGACGCCUGCCUUGGUUUAGACCCUUUAUGGUUUUUCUUGUUUCUACGUUGCCUUGAAUUGAAGUUCACUGUGUGUUGAAAACCACUGUGUGUCUUAUAUCCUGUUGUAACAUGGAAACACGUCACAGUAGGUUUCAAAUGUAAAAAGUGGUUUUCAAUGAGAACCAAUUACAUGAGUCUGACAGAAGCAGUACGUGACAAAAGACCACAAGUGGGAUCGGCAUUUUUUCUACAAACCUCAGUCUCCAUGGCAACAUAGCACGUUUAACCAAUAGGAAGCUAGGUCAAAAAUUGAAAGUGAAUACUAUACAGGAGAACUAAACCUUAUUAUUAGCACUUUUGAUCGUUAAAUAAAACCAUACAUCUGUAGGUGUGCGUGUGUGAGUGAAUGGUGUGUGAGUGUGCCCUGUGAUGGGCUGGUGCGCUGCGAUGGGCUGGUGCGCUGCGAUGGGUUGGUGCCCUGUGAUGGGUUGUUCCUUGCCUUGUGCCCUGUGAUGGGCUGGUGCCCUGUCCUGUUAUGUUCCCUGUCCUGGGAUGUUCCCUGCCUUGUGCUUAUAGGCUCUGUACCCCCACCACCCUAAAUAAGACAAACAGGUACAGAAAAUGGAUAGAUGGAUAUUUAUUAGUGGAAAAAAUGUGUAUCAAUUAAUUGGUUAUUUCAUAAAACAAGCACAGGAAUAUUCUGUACCAGACUCAGCUGCCAUUAUUUAAUCAUACUUACCAUAUUCUCCUAAGCAUAAACUAAUGAUCCCUUACAGUCAAGUGCCUUACUUGGUAUCAUUCAAACUUACUUACAGAGCAAAAAACAGCCUCAAGUCAACAUUACACUACACUGGGCGUUAGCUAGAUGACAAGCCAAGUCCGGUUCUGAUUGUCAUUGCAGUGUGUGCUGUUUCACAGUACGAGACCUUGCCGCACCAGACACAGAUGAUGCCAAACAUAAGCAACGACUGCAGCGGGCCCGAACCGGAAGGCAUGAAGCUGAUUUUGGGGAUUGCAUACAUCCCUGUCGCUGUCGUGGGGCUCCUGGUGAACGGCUCAGCCGUCUUCGUGUUCCUCUGCAGGAUGACAGCCUGGAAUGACACCCACGUGUAUAUGCUAAGUCUGGCCUUGGCCAACUGCGCCCUAGUGCUUUUCCUGCCCUUUAGGAUCUACGACGCGUUCCAGCCGAUGCAACUGUCCGCUUUCUGCACCUUCCUGGUGUCCACUCACUACAUAAACAUGUACGCCAGUAUCUUCACGAGGACCGCCAUCAGCAUCCACCGCUGCGUGCUCCUCAAGUUUCCUCUCCAGAGGUGGGCCAGGGACUCCCAGAAGACCAUUGCCUUCUGCGUGUGCAUCCUCGUCUGGGUGACAGUCGUCACCAUUUGUGCCACAUUCAUUGAGGAGAACCUUCCUGCGCACAUGAAGAUGUGCUAUAAGAGGAGUGAUGAGCCGCUGUCGGAGACGUUCAUAUUACUACUGGAGAUUUUAGGUUUUCUUUUACCACUUUUUAUAAUAACACUUUGCUCAAUGCAGACAAUAUUCGUGCUGAUGAAGAACGAGACGGCCAAAAUAAAAAUGGUAUUCAUUAGAAUUAUCACGGCGAAUUUAAUUGUGUUUGUCAUUUGCUAUUCCCCUAUUCAUGUUGGAUUUUUUCUCAGGUUUAAUGCAAAGUCCGUGAACUGUAAACAAUAUAAUCUGACUGGCAGUUAUUACCAGAUCUGUGAAUGGAUCGCCACAACAAACUGUUGUUGGGAUUUUGUUGCAUUUUAUUGUUUACUGAAAACAUUAUACAGAAUUGAUUGAAUACAAAUCGAAUUCACUUCUGAGCUGUUCAAAAAGGUGUAUGCGUGUGCUAAAUAUCUUAAAAGACACUUCAUUUUUCACUUUCAUUUUUAAUUUUUUUAUUCAUUUCGAAAAAGAAUGAAACCUCUUUCCAGUGGGCUGAAAAUGUAUUCCAUCGUGGACUCACGCUAUGCACGUAUCACUUAGGAAAGGUGACUUAAACUGAAACUGCCACGUCACCGUUACAACACUGAGUUUAAAAGGGGACAUUUUUCAGUGUGUGUUUAAUAAAAUA